AUGCCAAAAACAAAAAUAGUAGAAAGUGAACCGAUUUCAGAAAAUGAAGAUCUAUGCAGUAAAUAUUGGUGUGAUGAUGGAGAUAGAUGGGAUUUCUUUACCAUGAUAACAGGUUUAUUAUUGUUAAUAAUGGGAUUAUGUUGUUCAACCAUCGAAGUUGGUUAUAUAAUUUAUACAUAUCGUAUACAAUGCUACUGUGUUGGUUUAUGGUGUUCUGCAGGUUUUCUAUUAAUUGGUACUCUUGCUAUGGGAUUAUAUCAUUAUGAAUCAGUUCCAUCAGCAUCAUUAAUGUUAUUUUGUGUAAUGUGUGACUUAUUAUUUGGCAUAGUUAUGCCACUGAUUGCAAUUGCUUUUACAAUUAAGUGUGGUAAAUUAAAUGUUUUUUAUUAUCCAAUCACAAUGAUCUGCAUACUAGUUGGAUUAAUAAGUAUUGUACAUAUAUUUUUUGUAACAAGAGAACUGUUAAAAUUACGACGACAGUUCUAUCGUGAAGGAUAA